CCAUUUUAGAGCCCAAAACUAACGCUCUACAAGCAAUCGAUUGCGUCUUGUCAUCCAUAUUACCUUUAUGUUCUAGUCUUGGACAUAACAUUAUGGCCCAAAACGACAAGCCAGAAGAGGGAGACAAAGUCUCUUGGAAAUGGGGUGGCGGCGCUCCCGGGGGUACAGUGGCAGAAACGAAGGAGCAAGGGGCGAUUGAGAUCAAGACGCAGCGCGGGAACACUGUCAAAAGAAAAGCCGACGCGAGUAACCCUGCAGUCCGAGUUGAACGUUUGGGUAAUGAUGUCGUUAAAAGAGCCUCGGAAUUGACAAUCGAAGAAAAGAAAAAAGGGGGUCGGGGUAGUACCAAACGAAAGGCCAACGGUCAAGAUCCUGAAAAAUAUGAUGACAAGGAAUGCGAGGAGGAAGAGAUCGACGAUACCUCGGACGGGGUCGACGUGGGGCCCUAUACGAAGAAUAAACAGGGCGAAGAUAUGAAGAAGGGCGGCGAGGGAACCAACAAAAAACAAAAAAAGGAACAGCAAGACGUAUCCGACGAAGAAAAUGAUGAUAAAAAUGAAGGGGACGUUGAUGAGAAUGAAGAUGAAGAUGAAGAGGAAAGGGAAGAGGUAGACGUGGACGAAGAUGCAGAUUACGACGAAGUCGAAAGUGUUGCAGACGAUGAUGUAGAAGAUGUGAAGGAGAACGGCAGAGAUCUGGAUGGUAGCGGCGCUGAGGAAAAGUCUGUAUCAGCACCCAAGGUCGAUGGCAACGGGAAAAAGGACACGGCUCGACAACAUUAAUUCUAGAUGCUCUACGAGGAGUGUACACCUCC